AUGUAAAUGAAUGAUUCUGUAAAGAUCUUAAGGAAAAUGAGAAGCGAGUAGUUGAGAUAUGCAGGAAUAAAGAAGAAAUUGAUUAUUGAUGCCCCAUAAAAUACAAAGACAAGAAUAAAAAACAUGAAAAAUCUAAAAAGGAAAGAAGGAAAAUUGAUAUGA